AGAAGUCUCGGUCCAUCGCGGCUGCGAAAUGCCGUAAAGUCAAGUUCUCGGAAUGGUCGGAAAAUGACAGGAGGAUAUCUGCGAUCGAGAGUGCGGGUGAAGAUGAAGCAGAAGCUGAGGAGGUGGCGGUGGCGCUAGAGGCCAUGGAGCUAGACGUAGAUGUGGAGGGCGGGUGCCUGGUGCCAGGAGAACGGCCCCUGAACAUGCACCGCCCCAGCACCUGCCUGGCCACCGAGAAACCAAAACCCCUCGCUAAGAAUGUCAAGAGGCACAGCAUCCACGGUAUGAUGGAGGAGGAGAACGUGGUAAGGCCGCAUCAGGAGAUGAAGCAGUUAACUCUGGACGAGAAGAAGUUCCUGUUGGCAGUCGAGAGAGGCGAUGUGGCUUCAACACGGAGGAUGAUGCAGCGCGCGCAGGAGACAGACUACAUCAAUAUCAACUGUGUGGACCCGCUGGGCAGGUCAGCGCUGCUGAUGGCCAUCGACAACGAGAACCUGGAGAUGGUGGAGUUGCUGAUAGAGUACAAGGUCGACACCAAAGACGCGCUGCUCCACGCCAUCUCCGAGGAGUUCGUAGAAGCUGUGGAGGUUCUGCUGGACCAUGAGGAGACACUUCACAAACCGGGCGAGCCCCACAGCUGGGAAGCGCUGCCGCCUGACACCGCCACCUUCACCCCCGACAUCACACCCCUUAUCUUAGCAGCCCACCGAGAUAACUAUGAGAUCAUCAAGAUCCUCCUGGACAGGGGUGCCACCCUGCCCAUGCCUCAUGAUGUCAGGUGCGGAUGUGAUGAGUGCGUCACCUCCAGGUUCGAGGACUCCCUACGACACUCCAGGUCCCGCAUCAACGCCUACAGAGCCCUAGCAAGUCCCUCCCUCAUCGCUUUGUCUUCCAAGGAUCCGAUCCUUACUGCCUUUGAACUGUCAUGGGAACUUCGUAGACUGAGUUUCAUGGAGCACGAAUUUAAAUUAGAGUAUCAGGAACUGAGAAAACAAUGUCAAGACUUCGCAACUGCUCUGCUGGACCACACAAGAAGUUCCUAUGAACUAGAGGUGCUGCUGAACCAUGACCCCACGGGACCUGCCUUUGAACACGGGGAACGUAUGCAUCUCAACCGACUCAAGCUUGCCAUCAAACUUCGUCAAAAGAAGUUUGUAGCUCAUCCCAACGUCCAACAACUUCUUGCAUCCAUUUGGUACGAGGGGUUGCCCGGAUUCCGCAGAAAAAACAUGGUGCUACAAGCUGUGGAGAUCGUCCGCAUCGGGAUGAUGUUCCCCAUUUUCUCCUUCAUGUACAUACUGGCCCCUCACAGUUCUGCGGGACAGACUCUGAGGAAACCCUUCAUUAAGUUUAUUUGUCACUCGGCAUCGUACUUUACAUUCCUUUUUUUAUUAAUAUUAGCAUCCCAGAGGAUAGAGUCUCUGCUGGGGAUGUGGUUGGAUGACCCUGACAGCCUCGCCAAGUAUACGGAGGCCACGGAGCCGACCAAGAGGGGAGCCCCUCCCUCGCUUGUUGAGAUGAUGAUCCUCGGCUGGGUCAGUGGGCUGAUAUGGAGUGAGGUGAAGCAGCUGUGGGACGUGGGGCUGGAGGAGUACGCGGCAGACAUGUGGAACGUUAUAGACUUCAUCACAAAUUCUCUUUACGUGGCUACUAUUGCUUUAAGAUUGGUUGCUUAUUAUAAGGCUCAACAAGAAAUGGAGCUAAACAAUUCUGACAGUCCAAGAGAAGAGUGGGACACUUGGGAUCCAAUGCUUAUUUCUGAAGGGUUAUUUUCAGCAGCAAACAUAUUCAGUUCUCUGAAACUUGUGUACAUAUUCUCUGUAAAUCCGUACUUGGGACCACUGCAAGUGUCCCUUAGCCGAAUGGUGCUGGAUAUCAUGAAGUUCUUCUUCCUCUAUGUCCUCGUCCUUUUUGCAUUUUCUUGUGGUAUGAACCAACUACUGUGGUACUACGCCGAUAUGGAGAAACAGAGAUGCCUGUCGACCACCAACCCCGCCCCUCCACCCACUGGCAACAAGACCACUACAGACCCUGAUGCGUGCCUCGUAUGGAGGCGGUUUGCAAAUUUGUUUGAAACGAUUCAAACAUUGUUCUGGGCUGCCUUUGGUCUGGUGGACUUGGACAACUUCGAGCUUGCUGGGAUCAAAAGCUUCACAAGAUUCUGGGGGAUGUUGAUGUUUGGCUCUUACUCCGUCAUAAACAUCGUUGUUUUGCUCAAUCUCCUCAUUGCAAUGAUGAAUCACUCGUACCAACUCAUUUCGGAAAGGGCGGACAUUGAAUGGAAGUUUGCACGGAGCCGCCUUUGGAUAAGUUAUUUUGAAGAAGGUGGAACUGUGCCGCCUCCUUUUAAUGUAAUCCCUACUCCGAAAUCCCUGUGGUAUUUCUUGAUGUGGAUCCAGAGAAAAAUAUGUGGUCAUUCUAGGGCAGCCAAGAAAGAACACAUGAGAACCAUUCGGCGGAAAGUGAAACAGGCGAGUGAAAGAGAUUUUCGAUACCAAAGUAUCAUGCGCAACCUGGUCCGGCGUUACGUCACAGUGGAGCAGAGAAAAGGGGAAAACGAAGGAGUCACAGAAGACGACGUCAACGAGAUAAAACAGGAUAUAUCGGCAUUCAGAUGUGAACUGAUAGAGAUAUUGAAAAACUCUGGGAUGAACACCUCCACUGCCACUGGUCCAAACACAGGAACAGGAGGGAAGAAGAACCGGCAGAAAGAGCGCAGGCUGAUGAAAGGGUUCAACAUCGCACCACCGCCCGCCAGCAGCAGCACCACAUCCCUGCCGCCCGUGGCUGAGCUGCUAGCUAGUCUACAGCUGGGAGAGCACGCCUCACUACCCCCUUCCCACGAACUGUUCGGCUCCACCCUCUCCGGCCUGUUGGGUUCCACCCCGGGACUGUCCAUGCGCCGCACCUACACGGCGCCCAAAGACAUCCAGCCUAACCACCACCACGGCCUCACCAAACUCAUGUUCAAGCGGAACUCCUCCAGGAAGCGCAAGUGGGACAGUCUCAUAGAGGCGACCAAGUUCGGGAAAGUGGGAAAACUGAUAAACCGCAGCCGGUCCGAAGACUCGGUGUGCAACGGGAAGAACGGGGAGGGUAGGAACUCGCAGAGUCCGCUGUCCGACGAGAACAACCUGACAGACACCGACUCCAAUCCGAGCUUAAUAGAAAACAAGGAUAAUUCUAGUUUAUCGAUGUUGAAACACAAACGAAAAAUAUUCUCCACUUCUAGGAACCCUCCGGGCGAAGGAGGCUCCAGUCUGGACUCCAAAGACCACAAAAUUUUUAAGAAACAGUUGAAACGAGCUUCUAGUGUACCGACCAGAGUGGUCGAGCCGGUGCUGCCCGCGAAGCACGAGCAGACGCAGUCGCAGCAGCAGUCCGUGGACAUCCAGCAGCAGGCGAUGCUGACGCCUUCCACCACCGAGGAGAGCGUCACGCCCGGGGCCGCAGGCAACGACACGAACGGUUCCAGUGCCGAAUUUAAAAAUAGAAACGGUCUAGUUACAGUGUUACCAAAUUUAGGCAUCCAGCCAGUAAGUGGACAUAAUGUAUCAGCAGGGUGGUUAUAGAUAACUUUGUAAACUCUUAGGUGCAUUAGUGAAGUUUAACGUUCCAUUCAGGAUUCAGGUCAUAUUCUAACAUCAUCUUGAACAAUAACAAUAAGUAGUACAUUACACAAAAUACAGUUUCAGUGUUGGUAAAACUGGUGUUGCCCUGUUAAAGUUGCGCCAAGCCGAGAGUGGUAUUUUAUUCGAGGAAGCUCCAUUUAAUUGAAAAAUACAGUUUGAGCAUUUUAGCGUUAACGAAUUUUGUUUUAUGAGUAUACUGUAACUCCUGACAUAAUCUCCAAAAUUAUUGAGGUGGUCACAUUUUUACAAGACAACUGUGAAAGUGAUGCGUUCUCUCCAAAAUAUAAACGUGUAUAUAAAAUAGACAUAAAUACGAAUGGCCUGUAUAAACAUUUUAUACUGAUUUUGGUUACUUAUUGGCUUGGUAAGAUUAGGGGAGUUUCUAUAAUUAGUGAAAUAUACUUUCAUCUGUAUGAAAGUUAUUAUGGUUACAGAGGUAUACGAAGAUCAAAGAGUGAAUCUGUAUUUAUUACGCGGAUCCACAGUUUUAGAAUUAUAAUUUAAACACGGUUUAUGCAAGAAUUGGCAAUGACGAAAACAGCACAACAUAAAAGAAUGUUAACAUUCUUCUUAUAAAUUUUAAGAAUGAGUGAUUUAAACGUUAUAUAUUGUUUCUUCACUUCUUUAAAAAAUUGAAUUAAAAUUUACUUCGUUAAAUUAUACACAUACAGAUCUGCAUUGUAUAUGAUAUUAAACUAUAUUAGGCCUAUUAGAUGGUAAUUAACAUUUUUCACUUGAUUUUUAAAAGAAUUAAUUUGAAGAAAACAUCAAAGUCUUCAUAUUAUUUAAUUUUCUGAUAGCUUGAAAUUUUUACAUUGUCAGAUAGAUAGGAGAAAACCCUUUUUUAGAAUUAUUCUGUAAGAGGUGUUAUUUUUGCAAUGUUUAUAACUAAUUAAGUUUAUUGUAAAUCUGAUGUUUAUCUUAAGUGAGACCUGCAAAACUUGAGAAAACACUGAGGGGGGGGCAUGCUCAAUGAAGGCACGCAAGAGUUGUAUGUCAGUUAGCCUAUUGUCUCCUGGCUCAUCAACAGUUUACAACUCCCCCCCCCCCCCCACUUAGGCUCACUCACCUCGGCUUGGCGCUACUAGAACAAACAUCAAUAUAUCAAAUGAGUUGUGGAGUCACAGUGAACAUUUAAGUUUUAUUGGCAAACAUUUUUGUGAACAGAGUUUUGAACCAAUCGUUAACCAUAUCGUUUUAAAGCCCCUUUCAUUUUUAAGAAUCAGCUUUAAUUGGUUUUUGGAACUUUUGCUUUCACCAUUUUGAGGCGAAUUGACUGUGUGAGUAUGUAAUAGCUCAACUAACCGUAAGAAGAAACUACUAAUAGACUAAAUAUUGUUAUUCUAACAAAAAUUGAGAUACUGAACAUACCACUAAGAUGUAUUAUGAUAAUAUUCUAGUCAAGACUAUUAAUGUAGGAGUACGCCACAUCACGUGUCUCGUAGUAGGCUUCGUUCGCUGAGGUCUGCCAAAUAGUCUAGCCCAUGCCAUUAGGCUACAUGUGUUAUCAAAUCACGUGUUAAAUGUCAUACGAUUGUACUCAGUUUGCUUACAAAUUUAUCUAAAUUCUACGAUUCUCUCGUGUCUAUCAUAUGAAUGAAUAGACAAUAUUGCUAUCAUAAGACCAAUGGAAAAAAUGUAUGCUAACGCUCAGCAAAACUCCUGAAGUGACUUGCCCCACCAUCUAACUUAAUUUGCUUAUAUGAUUAUAUUAACUUAAAUAACCACCCCUUUAACUUAAAUACUGAAUUGCUAAAUUCAGGUAUUACUACCAUAAAUAACAUAUUACGAGGACAAAUUUAGCAUACUUUACGACUACUACAACGUAGCACUUGCACUUUUCCUCGAAAUUUAUAUUACUAGUUUCUUGCAUUAUAAGACGAAUCAAUACGGCUGUAAUUUUAAAUCUGUUACGCUCAAUUCGAAGACAAAUAGAACACACUUUCUGAAUAAUUGCAUAAUUUAUAUUCGAAAUUCGAAACUACACUAAAUUCAAAUUUGCUUAUCAGGAGAUUUUACUAAUUUAUGCUGUAAAUGAAUUGUCCGCUAUAUUCAUUCAUGUUGUGACAUUAAAAUAGCUUAAUGUGUUACUUAUAUAUCAUAUUUAGGGUUUUUAUAUUUAGAACACCUUGAGGAAAUAGGGAAAACAAUUUCAAAAAUAUAAGCACGUAUACAUCCGUAUAGCUGCAACUUCCAAAAAAGAAUGUUUCUUG